UUCUGACAUGUGCACUGAGCCUCCGAUAACAUGCGAAGUGUCAUACGCUCUGUGUGAUAUACGCGUUCGUCUAUAGUUUGUAGAAUAUAAGUGUCAGUGGUGGAGGGCGUUUUUCGAUUUUCGUGGCUGCUACGGAUAACGUUCGAUCGGUUUCGAUCGCCGCCCCUUCACCCCUUGCAGCUCGUUGCAAUUAAAUAGACAGGUAAUUAAUGAGCCUCGAACGGGUAGUUGCUGCGGCCACUCCAGAUGCAACCGUUUGAGAUGCUCCACAAGAUGACCGAUUCAAAAUAUUUCACUACUACCAAGAAGGGAGAGAUAUUUGAACUCAAGUCAGAAUUAAACAAUGAGAAGAAGGAAAAAAAGAAGGAAGCUGUAAAGAAGGUGAUUGCUUCCAUGACAGUGGGAAAAGAUGUAUCCGCACUGUUUCCCGAUGUGGUGAACUGUAUGCAGACCGACAAUUUGGAGCUGAAAAAACUGGUGUACCUGUACCUGAUGAACUAUGCUAAGAGCCAACCUGACAUGGCCAUCAUGGCGGUCAACACAUUCGUUAAGGAGCUAGCGACAUCUCCGAUAACAAAGGAUUGCGAGGACCCAAAUCCGCUGAUUCGUGCGCUAGCAGUUCGUACUAUGGGUUGUAUACGCGUCGACAAGAUAACUGAGUAUCUGUGCGAGCCGCUGCGAAAGUGCCUGAAGGACGAGGAUCCGUAUGUCCGCAAGACGGCAGCCGUAUGCGUCGCCAAGCUUUAUGACAUUAACGCUGCCUUAGUCGAGGACCAGGGAUUUCUGGAUCAAUUAAAGGAUCUUCUGUCUGAUAGCAAUCCUAUGGUUGUCGCAAACGCAGUAGCUGCAUUGUCCGAGAUCAACGAAGCCAGUCCAAGCGGUCAACCGCUGGUGGAAAUGAACGCACAGACCAUCAACAAAUUACUGACAGCGCUUAAUGAGUGCACUGAAUGGGGCCAAGUUUUUAUCCUGGAUUCACUUGCAAAUUACUCUCCCAAGGACGAUCGCGAAGCACAAAGCAUCUGCGAACGGAUCACCCCACGCCUGGCACACGCUAAUGCUGCAGUCGUACUUUCCGCUGUUAAAGUAUUAAUGAAACUGAUGGAGAUGCUGCAGUCCGAAUCAGAUUUUGUGGGCACACUUACGAAGAAAUUGGCACCGCCUCUCGUCACGUUAUUAAGCUCUGAGCCAGAGGUACAAUACGUCGCGUUGAGAAACAUCAAUCUCAUCGUACAGAAACGACCUGAUAUUCUAAAGCAUGAGAUGAAAGUAUUCUUCGUCAAAUACAAUGAUCCCAUAUACGUUAAACUCGAGAAACUAGACAUCAUGAUCCGCUUAGCCUCGCAAGCUAACAUCGCGCAAGUCUUAUCGGAAUUGAAGGAGUAUGCCACGGAGGUCGACGUGGAUUUCGUGAGGAAGGCUGUGAGGGCUAUCGGUCGUUGUGCCAUCAAAGUGGAACCGUCCGCAGAGCGUUGUGUCUCCACAUUAUUAGAUCUGAUACAAACCAAGGUGAAUUACGUUGUUCAAGAAGCGAUAGUGGUAAUAAAAGACAUCUUCCGCAAGUAUCCCAACAAGUACGAGAGCAUAAUUUCAACAUUGUGUGAGAAUCUCGAUACACUCGACGAACCUGAGGCGCGCGCUUCCAUGAUUUGGAUCAUCGGAGAAUACGCCGAGCGUAUCGACAACGCGGACGAAUUGUUGGAAAGUUUCUUGGAGGGAUUCCACGACGAGAACACGCAGGUACAGCUGCAGUUGCUCACGGCAAUCGUGAAGCUGUUCCUCAAGAGGCCCACGGACACGCAAGAGUUGGUGCAACAAGUUCUCAGCCUAGCUACGCAAGAUUCCGACAAUCCAGAUCUACGAGAUCGCGGAUUCAUCUACUGGCGAUUACUCAGUACCGAUCCAGCGGCGGCCAAAGAAGUUGUGCUCGCUGAAAAGCCGUUGAUCUCGGAAGAAACUGAUCUAUUGGAACCGACGUUGUUGGACGAGUUGAUCUGCCAUAUCUCGAGCUUAGCAUCCGUCUAUCAUAAACCCCCUACAGCUUUCGUAGAGGGCAGAGCUGCGGGCGCCAGGAAGUCGUUACCAGCUAGGAGCAAUUCAAAUGAGGAUUCUGGUCAACGUGCCACACAACCGCACACACAAGUCAUACCCUCCCAGGAAUCCUUGAUAGGCGAUCUUCUUAGCAUGGAUAUCAGUGGACCGGCGAUAGUUCAACCGGCACCCAUUCCUCAGCCUGCAGGAUUGGGACUAGAUCUUUUGGGCGGUGGUUUAGACGGAAUUUUGAGCAACACUGAGAACACGAGCGCAGCACCGGUUGUUUCUCAAAGCACAACGGGUCUACUCGGCGACAUAUUCGGCUUCAGUCAAGGACCCACAGCUUACAUACCUCCCAAAGUUAAUUGGUUACCAGCGGAAAAGGGCAAAGGCUUCGAUAUCUGGGGCACAUUCACGAGAAAGAAUGGACAAAUUAGCAUGGACAUGACUUUUACGAAUAAAGCGAUGCAGCCCAUGGGAGGAUUCGCGAUACAACUUAACAAAAAUAGCUUCGGAUUAACGCCAGCUGCCCCAUUGCAAGUAGCAGCUCCUCUGAGUCCUGGCGCUAGUAUAGAAACGAACAUUAUAUUAUCGACUGCGGGUGCGGUGCAACGUAUGGAACCUUUAAAUAAUCUUCAAGUCGCUAUCAAGAAUAACAUCGACGUUUUCUACUUCGCUUGCAUUGUGCCCAUGAAUGUAUACUUCACUGAAGAUGGACAAUUGGAUAAGAGAGUAUUCCUUUCGACCUGGAAAGAUAUACCCGCGCAGAACGAGGUGCAAUACACAUUAAACGGAGUGAUGCUGACGGCUGAUCAAGUUGUACAGAAGAUGCAACAGAAUAACGUCUUCACAAUCGCGAAGAGGAACGUGGAGGGGCAGGAUAUGCUCUAUCAAUCGCUCAAACUGACAAACAAUGUCUGGGUGCUGAACGAGCUAAAAAUUCAACCAGGCAAUCCUGAUGUUACACUGUCUUUAAAAUCUCGAUCUGUAGAAGUCGCUCCUGGAGUAUUCCAAGCGUACAAUGCAAUAUUGCAUUCUUAAAUUUUUUUCCCAAUAAUUAGGAUACAUCGCUAUAAAAUGCGGAUUGUAAAAGACAUUAUAUAAGUGAGCAUGUGCUGCAGCCUAUUUAUAGAAGCUAUCUGUUACAUCUGUAUUGUGCAUGAGACUCAAAUAUCCUGGAACUCCAUAUUAUAGACUUCUGUUACAGAUUAUCGAAUUUAUUAUAAAAAAUCACGAAUGAUAUGUACGAAAAUAAAAAUUUAUGAUCACGUGUA